GCUCGUACAUUGCGACCUACAUGGUGGCAAUAUAUUAAAAUCAAAGGGCAAUUUAUUUCAGAUUUCAGAUUUUGGCGUUUCUGGACCAGUUGGUAAAGAAAGAACAGUUGUUUACGGAAUGCCUCCAUUUAUAGCACCUGAAGUACUAGAAAAUAGGAAUUACACGACAAAAUCUGAUAUAUACAGCAUCGGCAUGCUUAUGUAUUACGUAGCUGCCGGUCAAAUUCCUUUUGAAUGUAAUAAUCAAACGCUUAAUUUAGAUAUUCUAAAUGGAUAUCGGCCUUCAAUUCCGAGUGGAUUGCCACAAAAUUUCCAACACGUGAUGGAAUUGUGUUGGGAUCAAAAUCCUGAUAAGAGGCCAUCAGCUGAGGACCUUUAUUAUUUUUUUUUAAGUGAAUAUGAAGCAGAAUCGAAGAACCAAACUCCAAAAAAUGUAACUUUUCCAAACAAUGUAACUACAAAUAUUUAUGAAGGCGAAAGCACCCUACAUCCUACUAUGCCUCAAAAAGCAUCUUUAGUCACUGAUAGCUAUCCUUCACAAAGUAAAGAUAGCGUAACUGUUAGUGUUG